UUCGAAGUUUUGAAGAAAGAGUAAAGAGUUUAGAAGUAAAUAUGCAAUCGUUGAGCCUAAAGGUCUUCACAGAGCUGAACCCAACAACAAGGUCAUGGCCCCAUCGACGAGUACGAGAUGUUAGAGGGAAUCCAGGUAAGAUCGUGGCUUGCAGCUCGGACAAAAAUGGAGGUGGAAGAGAGAAUCGGACCUCUGCUUCUUCAGUUUCUCGUACCCAAACUUAUGCUCUUUUGAAGCAGCAGAUGGAAGUUGCAGCCAAAUCCGAGGAUUACAAGGAAGCUGCUAGAAUUAGGGAUUCAUUGAGGUCAUUUGAGGAAGAAGAGCCCGUUUUGCGCCUUCGAAGAUUGAUGAAGGAGGCAAUCGCUGAUGAAAGAUUUGAGGAUGCUGCUAGAUUCCGUGAUGAAAUAAAGUUGGUCUCCCCUCAUUCACUCCUUGAAUGUUCAAGUGAUGCAACUACCCUGGGGAUCAGGGUCCAGGUCAGGAGUGUGUACAUUGAGGGUCGGAGCCAACCUUCAAAAGAACAGUACUUCUUUGCAUAUAGGAUCAGAAUUACUAAUAAUUCAGAUCGCCCUGUUCAACUUCUUAGGAGGCAUUGGAUCAUCACAGAUGACAAUGGGAAAGUUGAGCAUGUCUGGGGAAUUGGAGUUAUAGGAGAACAACCAGUUAUUCUUCCUCAGACUGGAUUUGAGUACUCCUCUGCAUGUCCAUUAAACACUCCUAAUGGGAGAAUGGAAGGAGAUUUUGAGAUGAAGCACGUCGACAGAGUGGGAUCUUCAACAUUCAAUAUCGCUAUUGCUCCCUUUUCCCUCUCCAUGAUUGGAGAUGACAGUGAUAUAAUUUGAAGUUGUAUUGUUAGGCACACAAAGGAUUUUGGAGACUUGGAGGAAAGGCACCCCUUAACAAGAGAGGUGGAAAACCAGAUUGUAAUGCAACCAUAGGAUACAUUUUUUAUGGCUUCCUCGCAUUCUAAAUCAGUCUUGGGGAUUUUUGUAUUGGUA